AUGAUGCUACCGACGUGCAUCAUAAAAUUAAUGGAACUGAUGUUAGCAAUAGCCUGCCUCACACUGCACCAAUACAGCUAUGACUUGACAGACAUCCCCACACUGAUGGUCUGCUCUGGAACGUACAUCGGUUACGUGAUCGUUCUCUCUGGAGAGAUAGUUGGGGAAAUGAUUUUCGCGCCUCUAGAUCUCGUCCAAGACAUGUACUUCGGUAUAAUUGGAGUGAUCCUGUUCUCGGUAUGCGGUGGGCUAGUUCUUGGUGCGAGGAACACGCCCAGCUUGUACCCAAGAACUGGAGACAACACCAUAGCACUCGUGGCCGGAUCACUGGCCUUUCUGAAUGCGCUUGUGAUGUUAAUGGACCUCACUCUCGCUUUUUUGGACAGUGAACAGUUUGAUGAUGAAGCUAGUGUUUGA